UUUGUGGAAUACCCGGCCUUGGCAGUAGAGGAGAUGAUGGCAAGAUUUCUUCCUUAUAUUUGCUUUAUUAUACUCAUCUCGCUUAUUUGCAUCGAAGCCCAAGUAGGCCGUCUAGGGCCUACUCCUGAUGAUGAAGUGCAAGCUCUUCGUGAAAUAGGUAAACAAGUGGGGAAAAACGAUUGGAAUUUCAGCGUAGAUCCAUGCACUAGUAAUGACUCAAGCUGGAAAACACCAAAAUCGGAUUUGAGGCCAUUGUACAACAAUUCUCUAAUCUGCAAUUGCUCCUUCCCUGAUGGCGUAUGUCACGUGGUUAAACUAUUUCUUAAAGGGCAGGAUCUCGAUGGUGUGCUUCCACCUUCCCUGGCGAAGCUACAAUACCUGAAUACGACUGACCUCAAUCGAAACUACCUCACUGGUACAAUACCACCCGGAUGGGCUUCUAUAAAGUUGGAAUUUCUGUCCAUUAGCGUAAACAAGUUAUCUGGACCAAUCCCACACCACCUGGGAAACUUUACCACUCUUAUAUACAUGAGCAUAGAGAACAAUCUGUUUUCUGGAAUUAUUCCCCCUGAGCUUGGGAAUUUGGUUAAUUUGCUGAAUCUUACUCUUAGCCAUAACAAUCUCACUGGAGAGUUGCCAAUAGCUCUCACUAAUCUAACCAAAUUACAGGAACUUAGGAUUAGCAGUAACAACUUCACUGGAAGAAUACCUGACUUUUUUCAAAGUUGGAAAGACCUUGAGAAAUUAGAGAUUCAAGCUAGUGGUCUCGAGGGGCCCAUUCCCCGUAGCAUUUCAGUCCUGAGUAAUUUAACCGAGCUAAGGAUUAGUGACUUACUUGGUGAGGGUUCUAAAUUUCCAAACUUAAGCAAAAUGAUAGGCAUGAAAAGAUUGAUGUUGACGAGCUGCAAUCUCUCCGGACAAAUCCCCCAAUAUAUAUCAAAAAUGACAGCACUACAAAUUCUAGAUCUCAGCUUCAAUAGAUUGGAAGGAAAUGUUCCAGAUUUUGAAGGUCUAUCACAAUUGGAAUACAUGUUUUUUACAAGCAACUUGCUCAAUGGACCUAUUCCAAUGUGGAUCAUAAAGCGAGAUAUUGGCAAACAUAUGGAUCUUUCUUACAAUAACUUUUCAAACAGUUCUGCGCCACUUGCUUGUCGAGAAAACCUGAAUUUGUUUCGGAGCUUCUCUGGACAGGACAACUUAACAUUUGACGGCGAAUGCCAAACUUUUCCAUGCUCAAAAGAUCGGUACUCAUUGCAUAUAAAUUGUGGUGGAAGUGAAACCACUAUUGGAGACAUAGUUUACGAAGCGGAUCAAAAGCAAGCAGGUCCAGCAAAAUUUGUUUCUAACACUGCUUGGGGAUUCAGUAGCAGCGGAAUUUUUUGGGAUAUCAGCAACAAAGCUGCAAAUCAAUACAUAGCGAAUAAUGCGUCAAUACUAAGCAUGAAUGACUCUGGAAUAUUCACGAGUGCACGGCUCUCUCCUCUAUCUCUGACAUAUUAUGCAAGUUGCUUGGCAAAUGGAAAUUAUACUGUGAAACUAUUCUUUGCAGAGAUAGUAUUAAGAGACAACAGAUCUUUUUAUAGUCUUGGAAAACGGAUAUUUGAUAUUUAUAUACAGGAAAAAUUGGUGAGGAAGGAUUUUGAUAUUGAACAUGAAGCACAAGGUGUUGAUAAACCCGUUGUAAGGGAAUUUAAAGCAGUUGUUGUGAAGAAUAAAGUUUUACAAAUCCGCUUUCAUUGGGCUGGGAAAGGGACAACAGCUGUCCCAUAUGGUGGAUCAUAUGGUCCUCUCAUCUCAGCUAUCUCUGUUAAAUCUGAUUUCAGUCCCCCUUAUGAUUACAGGAAGAUAUUCAUUGUUGUUGGAGCUGUAGUAUCAGCGCUAUUGCUCAUUUUUAUGAUUUUAGGUAUUCGAAUUUGGAAAAUCAAUAGAGGCAAGAUAACAAGGGAAAAAGAGCUGAGAGGAUUAGAUCUGCAAACUGGUUUUUUCACCUAUAGGCAAAUCAAAGCAGCCACUAACAACUUUGAUGCUGCAAAUAAGAUUGGGGAAGGUGGUUUUGGAUCUGUAUACAAGGGUAUACUAUUAGAUGGUACUAUAAUUGCAGUUAAGAAACUUUCUUCAAAAUCAAAUCAAGGAAAUCGUGAAUUUGUGAACGAAAUAGGAAUGAUAUCUGCUUUACAACACCCAAAUCUUGUUAGAUUGUAUGGAUGCUGUGUUGAAGGAAAUCAACUAUUCUUGGUAUAUGAAUACAUGGAAAACAAUAGCCUGGCACGUGCUUUGUUUGGUCCAGAGGAAUACCACUUAAACUUGGACUGGCCUUCAAGGCAGAAAAUAUGCGUUGGCAUAGCAAGAGGUUUGGCUUUCUUGCACGAGGAAUCAACACUAAGAAUUGUUCAUAGAGACAUCAAAACUUCCAAUGUGCUAUUGGAUAGGGACCUUAACCCAAAGAUUUCUGACUUUGGUUUGGCCAAGCUUGAUGAAGAGGAAAACACCCACAUCAGCACACGAGUCGCUGGAACAAUAGGAUAUAUGGCACCCGAAUAUGCAUUAUGGGGUUAUUUAACAUAUAAAGCAGAUGUCUAUGCUUUUGGGAUUGUUGCUCUGGAAAUUGUUACUGGGAAGAGCAUCAUGAAAUAUCGAUCAGAAGAGAAUUGUGUAUGCCUUCUAGAUUGGGCGCUUGUUCUACAACGAAAGGGUAAUCUCAUGGAGCUGGUGGAUCCACAGUUUGGUUCCGAGUUAAACAAGGAGGAAGCUAUUAGAAUGAUCAAAGUAGCUCUCUUGUGCACUAAUCCAUCGCCAGCACUUAGACCCAUCAUGUCUGCUGUAGUAAGCAUGCUCGAAGGCCAAACCAUUGUUGAUGAAGUCACCAUGGACCCAAGUAAAUAUGGCGAUGAAUUGACGUUUAGUGCCUUAAGAGACCAGUUUGAACAACUCCAACCAAUAACAAGGAGCACAAGUGGAGCAGAGAGACUUAUGCAUUCAUCAGAUAUGACUUGGGUUGGAUCUUCUUCUACAUCUGCCCAGGAUCUCUAUCGAGUUAAUCUUGAUACUCAGUAAUUUCAGCAUACUAUUGCCCCCAGUCAAUGCAACCAAGUUAUUAAAAUGAUAUUGUACGUUACCUAUUUUUUAUAGGAUCGAUUGUAAUCAGGUUUAAUGAUAAUCAAAUAAAUCUGAUUUGAUUACCAUACUUAUCUAUUCAUUGAUGAUCUUAUGUAUUGUAAGAUCAUCAAGGAAUAAAAACAAAAUGUAGUCAUUUGGACUUUAUCCUGCAGACCUAGGCCAUAGAUUGAA